CCCGUACUGUCCUGGCGGAUUUUUGUAAGCCGCCAAGAAUAAAAUUCUCCUUAAUAUACGAAUGUCGGUCUUUCGGGCAGCGCAAAUCGAGAGAGUGAGCUGCACUGCUCCCAAUGUGAGUGAAAUCGCCAUACAAGCCGAUUGUGACGUUGAUGAUAAUGAACCGCAGAAAGAAGAACGUGAUGUGUUAGACUUUAGCAGUCCAUUUCUAUUCAGUGAUGCUGUUCUAAUUGUUCAAGGUAGAAAUCUUCAUUGUCAUCGUGCUAUUCUAUCCAUCUAUUCACCAGUAUUCAAAGCUAUGUUUCAAAAUCGAUGCAUUGAAAAUCAAAAAAAUGAAGUUGUUAUUCCAGUUGAUGAGUUUGAUGACAUAAGGGAAAUGUUGCGUCACAUGUACACACCUGGUGGUUGUGAUAUGACACCCGAAACAGCUGAAAAGUUGCUACCUAUUUUACAUCGAUACCAAAUCGAUUCUAUGGUUAGCUUGGCUGAGAGGACACUUACAUUUCGUCUCAAUGAUGUAACUGCACCAUUGUUUCUUCGAAUAGCUGAUUUAUAUGGUCUAAGUAGAUUACGACAAGCAGCUUUAGAUUCUUGUGCUCGUUUAGAUUAUGGUCGGAUGGUCAAAGCAUUUGAAGAAAUAAAUCUGUCAAUGGAACUUAAAAAUGAAGUACUUGAAAGAAGGAUAAAAGUUUUGGAAAAAUGUCUUGUAGAUAUUCAACAGAGUUUUACUCAUUCGUGUUCACGUAUGGAAAGUCGUGCUGAACGUGUUCCUUCCAAUCAUUGUUCAUUACAUUGCCGUCCGUUUUCAACAAUCACUUUUAAUCCCGUUGUAAACAAUGCAACAGGACCGUCAACAAAUAAUAGUGCAGACCAGCAUUUACAGAAUAAUAAUGCCAAUGAUACUGUGCAUAAUGACGUGGCUGCAAGCAUAAUGCCAUUUUCAAUUGCUAGAAAUAUGGAAAUGCGUACAGGUGGGGAUAAUGGUAAUAAUGAUACCACACAAAGAGAAGCAGAUACAAAUUUAUCCAAUACAACAACUACUACAACCACUGCAGUAAUACCACCAAUUUCUAAUACUCCAUUAAUAACAGCUGUUUGUGAACAAUGUGUAGAACAAUUCAAAACUCAUAUACAGGAAUUGUGUAAAAGAGGAUUGCAUAAAAUACCGAUUAUCACUUGCAGAAAUCCUUGAUUUCAUUUGUGCCUUUAUUGUCUUCACAAAAUCUCUUUUUCUUAGAAACUAUAGAAUCAGAACAUUUUCACUCCAAGAUACGCAGUCCAGUAAAACAAGUUCAGUAACAUAUCAUGACAUACGUAACAUAUCUAUUCAUAGACUAAAGAAGAACAUCUGUUUAUUUCAAAGAUAAUUUCAUUUCAUUUCUGUCAUUUUAAACCAUAUAUAUUAUGUAUAUCAUCUUAAUAAACUUAAAUUCUGUAGUGUGACAACAAAAUAGUAGUUUGGGUGAAGUUUCGUUUACUUUGGUAGUCUAUAUUUCUCUAUGUCCUAAGCGCUACUUUAGAAUACAUCUUCAAACUCAAAAGCAUUGUUGUUUCUUGAGAUGUUAACUGAUAUCGCGUUCUGAAGUCACCAAUCAGAAUUCUGAUUUUAUAAAUUCCUCGUCUACUAUUUCUUCCAUAGUUUAGUUUCCCAGAUUUUGUGGAUUAUACUCCUUAUCGGCACUGUUGACCUUGAGCUAGCUUAACUAAGCCCCUGUUGUUUUUUUCUUUUUGUUACGUCUUGAGUCUAAAACUUUGGUCGUCAGCUCCUGUCAUUACUACAUUUUAAACAUACAUGGGCUUAUGUACGAAAAUACUGGACCGCAUCGCACCACAAAAUGAAAAGUAACAAUUAUGCAUAAGUGACUCAAAGUAAUUUGGGCAAGCUGUGAAUAAUCGAUCGGCAACAAAAUAGGAUUUAUAAACAAUAAAAUAAUGGUUAAUGGUGUAAAGAGAAGCUUAAAAAAACACAAUAUAUAAAUAUCGUAGUCUAAUUGCGUAAUAAAUAUACGACAAGAAUAUACAUAAUAACAAUACAAUCAAAUUACUUUGGUUGACAUUUUAUCGAACGAAUAUCCUCAUUUGGCCAGUCUAGUUGUGGCGCGUAUGACAGAAUAAGACAGAACAAUGAAAUGUCUUUGAAAAUCAGUUCGAAAGUGAAAUUAAACUGUGAUAGUCCUAACGAAAUCCUAUAUUUGAAUAUCUAUGAAUUAUUCUAGGUCCCCAUCAUUGACUGCUAAUCAUGUCAACUACUUUCUGUAGUCAUUCCGAAAGAUUAAUUCCACAACUUUUCAAAUUAGAAACCUCAAUCGUAUCUGUGAGCUUAAUAUUACUUUUCAUGAACUGAUGUUGGUUGAAGAAUUCUUAGCAACUAAGGAGGGAUAGAUUGUUAAUUUUUCCCAUGUGUUCUCCCUAGUCUACAUUCCUAGCCAUACUCAAGAUUAGGAUAUUCAGUUCACAUAGAGAUACUCUCAGUUUAAAUUUUAAGGUUCAUAUUUUCCAAUUUCCUGUCUUUAUUAAGUUGAAGAAUCGAAAUUUUUAAAUGAUCAAUUACCAAGUACUAUUUAAUUGAAAUCAGUUUAUCGAUCUGUCAAUUCUAUUUUGAAAUCUUUCCAUUUGUAAUAGUAAGGUAUGUUUACUGUACUAUAUAAUAUCCAAUGUAUAGUACUUUGUGACUGACCGUUUUUUUCUUCAAUAUUUAGUGUUUAAAUCAACAAAUUGGUGUUUUCUAUUCCUAACUAAUUUGGAUAUGUAUUUUUCUGGCCUAUAAACAACGAAUUAAUUUGUUUUUAGGCAUAAACUUACACUUUUUAUAAACGUCUCUAAUUAGUGCAUGAGAAAAGCAUUCAGACUUUCAAUCCUACGAAAAAUGUAAAAUAAAUGUACAUCAUUUUUUGUUCCAUCAAACAUUGGUAAAUCCUGAACAACCAUUGC